GCCUACUGCGUAUAUAUCAACCUACAGUUCAGUCUCCCGAUUAAUUAUAUAGACAUUGUCCUGUUACACCAAUUCUUCGCAUUGCCCUUCUACUACGGAGUACCUCCGCACUGUAUACCCUCUGCGUUUGUCCACCACAAAAACACUUCACCCUCGCACGCGACCCGGACUCAGAUCCUGCUAGCACCAGCACCAUGUCCCUCAAACGCAAAGCCUCCGUUUCCGGCCUUGCAUCGCCUAGUCCUACUCCAAUUCUUGCAAGGCAAUCAUUCAUGCUGGAUGAGACCCCCAAACACCUGCACAGUCGCACACGAAAGCGCUUCAGAAACGAUCGCCCGGAUGCCGAAGUGGUAUAUGCUCAACAACAACAUCACCCCCCCGUCCCUGCCACGGAUGAUGAGGGAAUCGAGCCAGAGGCUGUACCGUCCCCCGACAUUGUCGACCCUCGCCAGCAGACAUUACACAAGUUCUUCCGACCCUCUCAGACCUCGCUCGCCCAAAAACAUUCGAACUUGCCGGACCGACAAAUGAAUAAUACGGCACAAGGGAAGCCGACAUCCUGGCAGCCUCAAAUAAAUCUGUCGUCGCCAGCUACUUCGGUCGGCUGGAGUACGACCAGCCCAUCUUCACAGCGCACAAGGAGCGAUAUGGAUAUAGACUCAGUCAGCAAUGAUAUAGUGGAAGACCUCCAGCCGUCGAUCACAGGGUUUGGGUGGGCAUGAUACCUUAAUCAAGGCAUGAUCAUGAAUGGGAUCUUCAACUAGCAUCCCACACCAGCGGUUUCUUUUUAGCGAUGAUACCUUGACUUUUGAUAUUUUUCACCUGGCCAACGUGCUGGCCAUAUUGGCAACCUAGUGGUACUGUUAAUAUAGCUCUCUUUAUCUCAUAUUAAGACCCUCCUUGCAUUCGAUUUCUUUGUUUGAACCCAUUCGUCGACUUGGCCGACUCAACUGCUUUGAUUAUACAAAUGCCAAGCUCCUACAGUCGAAUUCAGUUGCGUACG